AUGAACUCACCUGCCGGACGGAGUCACGGCAGCCGAAAGUGCCAUGACUCCGUUUUUCUUUGGAGCCCUUCGACCACCACGAAAUCGACCAAGAUAUCACUUCAUCCCCUUUCACCUCGAGUUCUUUCAUUCCACUUGUUUAUCACCACGCCUUCAACUUGUGUUUUUCGUCGUCUUAGUGCGUCCAUCGUCAACUACCAUUUGAAAACGCCCUUUCGAUUCAAAGCUCCAAUCGAAAUGCCUCGCGAAGCAAUCAACAAUUUGAUCCAUGAAGGCAAAAAUCCCGACGAAGUUUUCGAUCCGCCCUACCUGCUCACCGACGGUAACGACGCUCCAGCGCGGCAUCCCACUCUUGAGCGCCUCUGGCGCCAAGGCACGGAAAGCCGUCGCUUGAUGGAAGAAAGCCAAUCUUUCACCAUCGCCGUCGCUUUCAAGAUUCACACCAACAAUACUGUUGAUGUGAUGCCCGGAAUGGCCAAUGCUCAAUCUCCUUCGAAGGUCACCGCCGGCAAAAAGAAACCACCGCCAGCUCCUACAGGCGCCAUCAUUGAUUCAACCGAUUUCAAAGACGGGCGCCUCUUAGACUUCAAAGUCUUCUUGUAUGGCAAGUCUUUGAACGAAUUCAAAGACUUGAUCGGCGAUGUUUGUGACGAGUAUUUUCCAGGAAUCAAGAAAGUGGUUCUUGAAAGUGCGUUAGCACCACUGUUGACGUGGAAUGCGAGUGUUGGUUCCAAAAAAACCAAAUUGGUAGAUUACGAAAGUUAUCAAGAGUUGGUUAACAAUUUGGACAAAAGUCGUACCUCAAAAGGUACAAUCAACAUAGUACUUCCAAAAGCGCAAGUCAAAGAAAAACGGAAUGCUCAGGCCAUCGGGGCAGUGGCGUAUAUCAAAGGGACCGCUGGACCUACUUCAAUCGAAGCUGAACUGGCCGCUUCCAAGGAGGAAACAGCUUCGGCCAAAGAGGAAACAAAGCGGCCAAAGAGUUAG